CAAUCUACAGAUAUCGUACACAGGUCUUAGGGCUUGAAGAAGCUUGAGCGCUUGAGCUCUCGAGCUCCAUCCAUGUGCGGAUCUAAGUUGGCGUAUUUCUAUAAAAUCAGCCCAUUUUCCUGCACCGAGUCUCCAAGCCUCACUGUUUGAUUUCUCCUUCAGCGAGCGUAUACUUCUUACCUCGCAUUCCAUUGUCAAUAUCCUAGACAAUAACAACAUGGGCAAGACUAGUUUGCGGCUCACAAAGCACACGAUUACACCCCUGCACCUGGCAUAUGCCCGUAACCAUUCUGUGAUAAAGGAUCUAGCAUCUGAAUUCGACAGUUAUACGGUCAAGAUAGACGGCGAGAUGGAGGGGAUGGAAGAGAAGGUACUAAACGUCAAGGACAUGAUCGCAUCCUUUCCAAGAACAGUAGCCGUGGCUGCUCUCAUCUGCGCUGGCAACCGCCGUGCCAAGAUGCAAGAAAAGACCGGGAAGGAGGUGCGAGGCAUCAAGUGGUCCGAGGGUACCAUUGCGAAUGCGCGCUGGGGCGGUGUACUCCUGCGUGACAUAUUGAUCAGCGCAGGAAUCCCCGAACAGGAAGACGCUCAAAAAGGUUUCCAUGUCUGCUUCGCUUCGAACGUUGCGCCGUGCCAGGAUGACACAUCUUAUGGAGGGUCUAUUCCGCUCGAGGAGGUCAUGGCCAAGGACGGUGCUGCUAUGCUUGCAUACGAGAUGAAUGAUGCACCCCUCACGCCAGAUCAUGGAUUCCCUUUGCGCGUCGUCGUGCCUGGCUAUUUUGGCAUGCGAUGGGUUAAAUGGGUAGAUCGUAUCACUAUUUCAAGGAACGAAUCGCCCAAUUUCUAUCAGCAGCGUGAUUACAAGAUGUUGCCUGAAUGUGUUUCCUCUCCAGAGAAGGCUAUCCAGGAGAAUUGGUGGGGUCGUACACCUUCAAUGCAACGGCUUAAUUGCAACUCGGUCGUCGCCCACAUCCAGUGUCUGACACUUGCCUGUCCUGACCAGAAGACUCUUAAAGUCACAGGUUACGCCUACUCCCACUGCCCUAUCUCGCGUGUGGAAAUCAGCGCGGAUGACGGUGAGACAUGGCACGAAGUACGAAUCACGUACCAAGAGGGCAGCUGGAGUUGGUCACUGUGGGAAGGCGAACUCGUAGUAGACAUCGAUGUCGAUGCUCUUGAGUGGGCUAGCCACGGACAGAGGAAUGGGCUCCCGAAAACGAAGAUCACGGUGAUGAGCCGAGCAUUCGACCAGUCUGGAAGCGCUCAGGAUACAGAAUGCCGCUGGAACUUGAGGGGAGUGGGCUUUUGCGGCGUUGGCGUUGGAACAAUCGAAGUAUAAUUAGUUUCCUGGCUUGAAUGAUUCUCCUAUAUAUACCACAUGAUGACGCUCCUAUUGAUCUUUUUUGACAAUAUUGAAAGACCUUCACUUU